AUGACAGACAGUAUGCAGGCCUCUCAGCGGUGGACGAAGAAGCUCACAUUCGCUACAUUCGCUGUUUUCCUUGUCGUCGUUCCCCUAAGCUACCACCAUGCCAUUCCUAUCCAGCGAUAUCGCGACUACGUAACAGGUGACACCGUAGUAGAAAUAAAAACAAACAACGACCGGCUGCAAACUCAAUACUUUAAGUUCGAGCCAGAAUGGAAUUGGGAUGUACCCGACUACGCAAGUAGCCUGAAUGGAUUCAAGCGCGAGCCGAAACCCGAAAACGUCAUCGUCUUGACCGCAAGCGAUGGAGGCGGCCACAAUAGCGAGAUCCCAAACUUACUCGACAGGGUGCUAGAGAACCGGGAAGAAUACUGCGCCCGACACGGCUACACCAAUCUCUGGCUAAACACAAGUCGCUACGACAUUGGAGAUUCCCACCGAGUCUGGGCCAAAAUCCCCGCCUUAGCAGAAGCCUUCUACCUCUACCCCAAAGCCGAAUGGAUCUGGGUCAUGGACGCCGACAUGAUCAUCAUGACCCCCUCCGUCCCCCUCAUCUCCAGCAUCCUCAGCCCCUCGGCCAUCGAAAAAGGAAUACUGCGCAGCACCAUGCUUCUCAACGGAGAGAAACCCCCAACGAAUAUUUACACGCCAACCCACUACCGCAUCGAAGACGUCGACAUCCUGAUAACGCAAGACCACCAGUUUGUCAAUGCUGGAUCCAUGUUUUUCCGGCGCUCAGCGUUCACGCGGUUCUUUCUUGAGAUGAUGACGGAUCGCACCAUGUUGAUGGGCAAGGAACAUCAUCUCGCUGAGCAGAAUGCGAUUAAGCAUUUGGUGUUUGAGCAUGAGUUGGUGAGGAAGCAUGUGGGUGUUUUCCCGCAGCGCAAGUUUAAUGCGUAUGCGGAUGGGGACUCGCACAUGCUGUGGAGUGAGGGAGAUUUGGCAGUGCAUUUUGCGGGGUGUUGGGUUGAGCAUCAUUGUAGGGAGUGGUUUGAAGAGCAUUGGGCAAAGAGAGGGAGAGUUGGAGGGACAAGGUGA